AUGAUAAGAUUUAAACAAAAGAUGUGGAGUAAUUCAUCAUUAACAACAAUCAUCAAUGACAUAAAAGCUACCAAUAAAAUUAUAACUUUUGUUGUAGUUCAAAAUAUAAACCAAUCACAAGCAUUUAUUCAGAGUUUUGAAACUAACUUAGCACCAUUUCUUAUUCAACAAGGAUCAUACAUUAUGUUGUUUGAAGAAUUUGACGAGAGAUUAGCAUUGUUAAAUUUAUUUUUACCAGAACCUGUUCUUUCAACUUCAAUAAUAAUACUUAACAAAUUUGGAGUUGUUUUGUUUCAAAAAGAUGAAGCCAUUGACUCAUCUUGUAUUGCAUCAACUGUUCUUCAAUUAAAUUCACAGAUCAAUGCAAGUAAAAAUCUUCCCACACAACAAAAAAUAAUAAGAGAAGAAAAAGAAGAAGAAGAAGAGGAUAGUACAAUACAAAAAGAUAAAAAAAUUAACGAAGAGAAUAAAGAGAGUCUUAAAGAAGUAACGUCUGUGAAUGAAAUAUUAAGAAAAUUACCACCAAACCAUAAACAAAAUAUGGCUUUAUUUGAAAUAAGAAAAAAACAACUUAAUGCAGAACAACAACUAAUAGAAAAACGAAGAAAAGAAGAACAAGAAAGGUAUUUAAAAGAACAAAAAGAAGAAGAGAAAAAAAGAAAAGAAGAACAAGAAAAUAAAGAAAAAGCUAUUUGCGAAAUGAAUGAAAUAAAAAAAUUAAAAGCAAUUCAAAACCUUGAAACAGAAGAAAGAAUGAAAGAAUUACAAAAAAUUAAAACACAAAAACAAAUGGAAAACAUUACUAAUUCUUAUAAUGGAAUAAUUAAAAUUAAAUUUAGAUGUCAUAAUGGUAAAAGUGUUAUUCAUGAGUUUUAUCCUACUAAUUCAAUUCAGGAUAUUUAUGAGUAUGUUAGAUCUAUUAAUUAUAGCAAAGCAUUUACAAUCACUGAUAUGAAAGGAAAUAAUUUGCCUGAAACUAAUCUCUCAUUAAAACAAGCUGGAAUUAAUGGAUCAGUUAUAUUAAACAUUAAUAAUCAAAUGUAA